GAUGACUUCUGCAAAAAACGUGGCAAACGCUGUUCGUGGCAAAACAGCAAGAGCCUGUGAUAGCUGCAUAAGAAAGCGAGCACGUUGGUACUGUGCUGCAGAUGAUGCUUUCCUCUGCGAAGCUUGUGACUCUUCUGUUCACUCAGCUAAUUCAUUGGCUCGUAGGCAUGAACGUGUUCGCUUGAAAAUGGCUUCGUGCAAGUCCUCUGAUUGUGCUCCAUCGUGGCACAGAGGCUUCACCAAAAGAGCUAGAACACCACGACAUGGGAAGCACAAUUCAAAAGCCAAGGCUAAGAACCCUUUCCAUCUAGUACCCGAAGUGGUUUCAGAUGAUACAAAUUCCCAAGAAGUGAGCGAGGAACAACUUCUUUAUAGAGUACCCAUUUUCGAUCCCUUUGUAGCAGAGCUAUGCACAACUCCAUCUUAUUCUGUGGCUUCGCCUGAAGCACUGGCAACAGUGGCUGGUUGUGCUCUUGAGGUUGAAAAAAAGGACAUCAAAAAUCAUGGGGUGGAAAGCUUUAAUGGGUUUCUUUCAUCGGAUAUUGAACUUUCAGAGUUUGCUGCUGAUGUUGAGAGCUUGCUGGGUAAGGGACUAGAGAAUCAGUGCAUGGGAAUGGAAGAGUUGGGGCUAAUUGAUUGCAAUGAAGAGGUUUCUUCGUGGGAGUGUUGUGUGGGUAGCGGAAAGGUGAAGGUGGAAGAGGAUGAGAAGCCAGAAGAAGUGGUAGAUGAGAUUGAGAAUAUGGGUAGAGAACCUUUUGAAUUGAGCUUUGAUUAUGAUUACUCUUCUGUGCAAGCAUGUGAAGAGGUGGAGGAGAAGGUUGCUUUGGAUGUGACUAAAGAUGUGAUGAAUGGUGGAGAACUCAAAGAGAAUAAUAUAGCAAAAAGGAAGGUAUUGUUGCAGUUAGAUUAUGAGGCAGUAAUAGCUGCCUGGGCAAGCCAAAAAUCUCCAUGGAUUACUGGUGAUAAACCACACUUUAUUCAUGAUCAUUUCUGGCCUCACUGCAUGCAGGGAGCUUGUGGAAUAGAGCUUCACCAGCAGUAUGGUGAAUUGGGUGGACUUUUUGUGUGUCAUCCAGGAACAACAGAUGGGGGAAGAGAAGCAAGGGUAUCAAGAUAUAGGGAAAAGCGGAGGACAAGGUUGUUCUCGAAGAAAAUAAGGUAUGAAGUUCGAAAAUUGAAUGCAGAGAAGAGGCCCAGAAUGAAGGGGAGGUUUGUAAAGAGGGCUUCCUUUGCAGCACCACCAACUAUUCCUUUAAUAAACAAAUAAAAGAGAAAAAGAAAAAAGCUAGCAUUUACCGCUCUGCCAUUACAUUUUUGCUUGACAUUAAUUUGUUAGUCUCAAGUCAGCAUCUGAAUGUGUAUACAAUCCAAUAAUGAAGGCGUUUCUUAACAAGAUCGAAAGUUAAGAUUCCCACUUUCAAGUAUACAAUGUUUGUUUUGAAUGACUAU